AUGAAAGAUCCUGGGAGUUUCACCAUUCCAUGUGCCAUUGGUAAUUCUUAUUGUGGCAUGGCAUUAUGUGACUUGGGUGCUAGUAUAAAUCUGAUGCCUGUGUCUGUGUAUAGACAAUUGGGAAUUGGUGAAGUCCGACCUACCACAGUGACUCUACAACUUGCAGAUAGAUCUCUUGCUUAUCCAGAUGGGAAGAUUGAGGAUGUCUUGGUAAAAGUUGAUAAGUUCAUUUUCCCAGUUGAUUUCAUUGUGUUGGAUUAUGAGGCAGACAGGGAGGUACCAAUCAUUCUAGGGAGGCCUUUUCUAGCUACUGGUAGAACUUUGAUUGAUGUGCAGAAGGGUGAACUUACUAUGAGGGUUCAAAAUGAGCAGGUGACUUUCAAUGUUUUCAAGGCUAUGAGAUUUCCAGAUGAGGUCGAAGAGUGUUCUGUGGUUUCAGUGGUAAAUUCUUUGGCUUCAAAGGAAUUAUAA